AUGGACCACCUGUCCGACGACGAAACUACUAACCCAAUCGACAAUGCCGCCGCCGCCGUCAAUUCUUCCUCCUCCGGCGUCGGCAAUGCCGGAGGUGGUGGUGGAGGCGGAGGCGGAGGCUUUCACUCCAUUCGUGACCGUUUCCGUUUCAAGCGUAACCCUAACUCUUCCGCUCCCUACACCACCAAAGCGGUUCUGCCGCAGUCCUCGCCGUCGGCCUCGAGUUUACCUUACGAUCGUCAAUUUAAACAUGGGCGAUCUCAUCACCAUCAUCACCAUUACAGUAGAUCAUUACCUCGGAGGCUGCUGCUGUUUCCUUUCAGGGAAAGAUCGUGGUUCUAUGUAUGCAUUUUCGUAGUGAUAUUCGUUUUCGCGCUGGCGUCUAUGGUGCUUCAGAGCUCAAUCAUGUCGGUGUUCAGGCAAGGCGGUGGCGGGAGUGAAUGGGACAAAUCGCGGUGGUCGGUUAGAGAUGACCUGAAGCUAGGUACCUCUUUACAUUUUGUGCCUUCGAAACGAUUUGAGCUUCACGGCGGACUUGAUCAGCUCCGGAAUCAGCCGAGAAUCGGAGUUCGACCUCCCAGACUUGGACUUAUCUUGGGGAACAUGGAGAAAAAUCCUUCAUCAUUGAUGUUAACUACCGUGAUGAAGAACUUGAAGGGACUUGGUUAUUUGAUCAAGAUAUAUGCUCUUCAAGAUGGUGAUGCUCGACUGAUAUGGGAGGAGAUAGGCGGUACAGUAUCAAAUUUAAGUCCAGAAGGAUAUGGUGGUGUUGAUUGGUCGAUGUUUGAAGGUGUUAUAGCAGAUUCACUUGAAGCAAAAGAUGCCAUUUCAAGUCUUAUGCAGGAGCCUUUCUGCUCUGUUCCGCUUAUAUGGAUAAUUGAAGAGGAUAGCCUUGCAACUCGUCUUAAACUGUAUGAGAACAACCAAUGGGGACAUAUCACUUCAUACUGGCAGAAUUAUUUUCGCAGGGCCAAUGUGGUCAUCUUUCAUGACUAUUCCUUGCCGAUGUUAUAUAGUGUGCUUGACACUGGAAACUUCUUUGUAAUUCCUGGAUCACCAAUAGAUGUUUGGGCUGCAGAAAUUUAUAGUAAGACACAUUCAAGGCUGAUUUUAAGGAACGAAAAUGGUUUUGAUGGAGGCGAUCUGGUGGUUUUGGUUAUUGGAAGCUCCUUUUUCUACGAUGAACUUCCAUGGGAAUAUGCUGUCUCAAUGCAAAAUUUGGACCCCCUUCUUAUCAAUUAUGCUGGGAGAGAAGAAGGCCAGGAGGCCUUUAAAUUUGUCUUCUUAAGUGGAAACUCCAGCCUUGGGUAUGAUGACGCAUUGCAGGAUGUUGCUACUCAUUUGGGACUUCAUCAAGGAUCUCUCAGGCACUAUGGAUUUGAUACUGAUGUGAAUGGAUUGAUAUUGAUGGCUGACAUCAUACUCUAUGGUUCUUCCCAAGAGGAGCAGAGUUUUCCUGGAUUGUUGAUUCGGGCCAUGUCAUUUGGAAUUCCUGUUGUUGCGCUUGAAACUCCUUCCAUUAAGCAAUAUAUCACUGAUAGGGUACAGGGGAUGAUUGUUGCCAAACAUAAUUCCGAUGCUAUCAUAAAAGCUUUUAGACCUCUUAUAUCAGAAGGAAAACUUUCAAAAUUUGCCCAUUCCAUAGCUUCUGCUGGAAGGCUUCUUGCAAAGAAUAUGUUGGCAUCAGAAUGUGUCACAACUUAUGCAAGGUUAAUUGAGAACAUCCUCAAUUUCCCAUCAGAUGUCUUGCUGCCAGGUAACAUUUCGCCGCUUAAGAAGACUUCUUGGGAGUGGAAAUUUUUCCAAAACAAACUGGAUAUGAGUGCGAAUCAGCACAUUGAUGGUGUCCGGAUCACUUAUAGCGUUGUGCAAAACACUGAAGAAGAGAUGUCUAUUCUAAUUCCCUCAAGUGAUUCUGAGAACAAUUCAGAUCUAGUGGGAGAGGGUUUUCCCACUAAUAUAGAUUGGAAUGCUUUGAGAGAAUUGGAAAUUUCUGAGGAGCUGGAGAGUGUAGAAAUGGCAGAGAUAGAGGAAAGAAUGGAGAAAGAGAUUGGUGAUUGGGAUGAACUGUACCGUAAUGCUCGUAAAUCUGAAAAGCUUAAGUUUGAAACUUAUGAGAGAGAUGAAGGAGAGCUGGAAAGAACUGGGCAACCUGUAUGCAUUUAUGAGAUUUAUCAUGGAGCUGGAGCUUGGCAAUUUCUUCACCAUGGUUCCUUGUAUCGUGGUUUAAGUCUUUCUACUGGAGCUAGAAGAUUGAGUUCAGAUGACGUGGAUGCGGUUACUCGACUUCCAGUCCUGAAUGAUACAUACUUGCGGGACAUUCUAUGUGAGAUUGGAGGCAUGUUUUCCAUUGCAAACGGAAUUGACAACAUUCACAAGCGGCCUUGGAUAGGAUUUCAGUCUUGGCGUGCCACUGGAAGGAAGGCAACUCUUUCGGCUAAAGCCGAGCAGGUUCUUGAAGACGUAAUACAAAAAAAUACGAAAGGGGAUGUAAUAUACUUCUGGGGAAAGUUGGACGUGGAUGGUGGAUUUAUGGGGAACAAUGAUGUGCUUACUUUUUGGUCCAUGUGUGACAUCCUGAAUGGAGGAAACUGCAGAACUGGGUUCGAAGAUGCGUUCCGAAGAAUGUAUGGUUUACCACCAGAUGUAGAAGCUCUCCCUCCCAUGCCUGAAGAUGGAGGGCGGUGGUCAACGCUGCACAGUUGGGUGAUGCCUACCCCUUCUUUUGUUGAGUUUAUUAUGUUUUCUCGGAUCUUUGCGGACUCUCUGCACCAUUUGCAUGUGAGCUCAAGCCAGAUGACAAGUUGUUUGUUGGGUUCCUCAAUGUUGGAAAAGAAGCACUGUUACUGUCGCAUUUUGGAACUUCUCGUCAAUGUUUGGGCGUACCAUAGCUCACGGAAGAUGGUCUACAUUGAUCCUCAUUCGGGAUUAGUGGAAGAGCAGCAUCCUGUAGAGCAACGGAGAGGCUAUAUGUGGACCAAGUACUUCAACACCUCGCUAUUGAAAAGUAUGGAUGAAGACCUAGCAGAAGCUGCGGAUGACAAUGAUCAUCCAUACGAAAAUUGGCUGUGGCCAUUAACUGGUGAAGUCUAUUGGCAAGGUAUAUAUGAACGCGAAAGGGAAGAGAGAUACAGGUUGAAAAUGGACAAGAAAAGAAAAGUGAAAGAGAAACUGCUGGAGAGGAUGAAAAAUGGAUACAGGCAAAAGUCACUUGGAAGAAGAAAGUAG